CAGACACACACAUACGCAAACCAAACGCACACUCCGCUGUGAGGAAUACUAAUCAACCUGUUUGCCGACCCCGAAGUGCGGCAGCUCGGCGCGCAACUUGACUUGUCCGUUCUGUGCGUGACAGGCUUUUCCCUUGGAUUUCACCUCAACAUUUCACCUGCUCGGGUUUAUGUUGUGAGAUCUUAUUUUGAGCAAACGCCAGCUGUUAUCACUGCUGUCUCCCCUUGUCUCUGUCUUCACCGAUGUGCGACAGGCAUCCGGAGAAGAAGAGUGGAUCUGGGGACAGACAAUCCUGUGCCGCUUCUAUAAACCAGGGAAGCCCCCCACUCGCUUUUUGCGCGCCUUGGAUCGCCGGUAAAUAUACGCGUCGGGGAGUGCGUGUGCAUGUGCGUCAGGCUCUAAAUGUGUGUGUCCGCGCACGAUAAAGCUCCGGGCUCCGUCCUCAACAGUUGCCACAGGAGCGGAGGAGAAGAAGAAGAGAGGAGGAGAGGGAGAGAGACAGCAGACUGAGGACGGACGGACGGACGGACGCGGAGCAUUCACGCCGCUCUGCCCGGCUCUGCUCCUGACAUGCAGUCGCUCAUCUCUCCGGUGACCAAGGCCAUCCUAGUAGCGCUCUUCAUCUUCGCCAUACUCCUGAUCCUUUAUGUGAUCCUCUGGUACAUUUGCAGAGACGUGGACUGCGACCACGGCAUCUGAGGAUUCAGUUCAAUAACGGGAAUAACGGGAAUAAUUCAAUGGGGCGCACAGAGGAGCCCAAGGAGCCCAGGGUCAUCCCUGAAACACACUUCAAGGAGGAUGUUUGCUGUUUUCUUCUCUUAUCUUCUACCAAUUAUCAAGCUCUACCUGCUGGGUCUGAAGGUUCUGCUUGUUCAGCUGUUCAGCGGACCUUUCAGACUUCCAGUGAUGCCCAGACAAGAUGGCAAGGUUGCCAUAGUGACAGGAGGAGGCAGGGGAAUUGGCUUUGAGGUAGCCCGCCACAUGGCCAGACUGGGGGCGCAUGUUAUCAUUGGUGGGAGGGAUGAGCAGGAGGGUCUGGCAGCCGUCACCAGGAUCUGUGAGGAGUCCAAAGAGGCCAAAGUGGAGUUCAAGAAAUUGGACCUAGCCUCUUUGCAGUCUGUUCGUCAGUUUGUCCAGAGCUUCAAGGAGCGGGACCUGCCGCUGAACAUUCUGGUCAAUAAUGCCGGCGUCAUGCUGGUUCCUGAGAGCCGCACCGAGGAUGGAUUCGAGCAGCACUUCGGGGUGAACUACUUAGGUCACUUCUUAUUGACUUGGCUGCUCCUGGACACCCUGAAGCAUUCUGGGAAAUGUGGUUACUUCUCCCGAGUGGUCAGCGUCUCCUCCUCGGCCCAUCGCGUUGGUGAAAUCACACUAAAUGACCUAAAUGGCUGCCAGUAUUAUUCAGCCCAUGCUGCCUAUUGUCGCAGUAAGCUAGCCCAGCUGUUAUUCAGCUCCCACCUCCACCAGCUGCUGCAGCGUGGAGGCUUCCCUGUGACUUCCUGUGCGGUGGAUCCUGGCAUGGUGGAUACCGGUCUCUAUCGCCACCUCUGGACACCCCUCCGCUUGGCACAGAGUAUCAUCGCCCACCUUCUUUUCUGGACUCCUGCAGAGGGUGCUGCCACUGUGCUCUACGCCGCUUUGUCACCGGACCUGGAGGGCGAUUGCGGAGGAGGCUACUGGGCAACUGGGCGUAGGGAGAUGACAACACCGGCGACCUUUGACCCCCAGCUGCAGCUUAGCCUAUGGGACGCCACCCAACGACUGCUGGGCCUGCAGUAGCACAGGCCUAAAGGAGGACUAUCAGGACUCUCCGCAGACGAAAGCAUCAAAUAAAAAACCUUAAUCCGGAGCAAACCAGCCACCUUCCCCUCUCCACCCUUUCAUCCCUUUUACUCUGUCUUUUUUCCCUCCAUUCAUACCUCACGUCGAGGUGUUCUGUUGUAGCGCUGGAUUGUGAUUGGUCAUUUGCAGUGUUAAGACCUCCUGCCAAACAAAGAAGGGCUACAGGGAAUGGAAGACAUUUUUCUUUCACUGUGAGCAAGAAAAAAAAAAAAAAAAAACGCAUUCUGCAUAAGCAAUUGAGGGUUAGACCGAUAAGUGAAUUUGUUGUUGUAGCCAGUUUCUGAUACUGGUCUCGACUUCAGAUGUCUGACCAGGGAAAUCAAUCACAAGCUGCGACAACACCUGCCUCACUCUGCCUUAAUGUCAUUAGUUGGGAUUUCGAUUUGGGAGUUUUAUUAUCUUACAGCAAAUUAAGUCAAAACACAGCUGUAGACAAAUAUUAAAAAUGAUUUUUGGAGACAAAAAAGGUAUAAAGGCUUCAAAAACUUGUCGAUUAAACCCUAGAUCAGACACUGACAUUCAUGCAUCAUGACAAUAAUCUGAUUUUUAAAGCUAAAGCCUCGCUGCGGCGUGGCAGUGUGAUGUCACCAGUAUGCUCUGAUACAUCACCAUUUCCCAGAUCGUCCUGACAUCCCACCCAUCUGACUGGGAGCACUUUAUUUCCUUUUUUUCUGGUGUGCUUUUACUGGUUCACCACUGGUAGUUGAGAGAUGAGCUGUGUGAAUUCUGCCGUUCUCCUGAGGAAGCCACCUCCUGUUUUCUCUCUCCGCCGUUCUGCAACCUAACAAAAGACGCUCCUUUGGACUGAAAGUGUGGAUUUGGGACGACACUGAAAGAAGGAAGAAUCCCCGUUGCGAGAUUUAGGGGGGAGAAAGUUCUAAUUCCCCCUAUAGACGAGAGUGGUGACACGUUCUGUUUUGUUCCAGGGGGGAAUUUUCAUGCUGUUGUCUUUUUCUGAAGGAUUUCCAGACGCUUCUGUUUGCUUUUGUCGCCUGUUUGCUCAGAAACAAAAAGGGAAUGAGGAGGAACCAACUGCCACUUCAGUUUGUCCCCGUGUCCCUGUGUGAUCUCUGGUAAUCGCUUUUGCUGUCUGUGAGACGUGCGUGUGCGUUUCAUACACAUGAGUUCCCGUUAACUCGGUUAUAGAUCCGAUUCUUGGUGAUGGAGAGCGCAAGAGGCAGCCCCGGAGAAGUGGAGACAGGAAGGACAGACAGGAGGAAAGCAUCCUCUUUUAUUUUUUCGGCAUUCAAGCUGUGAUCGGUUCGUUAUUGCUGCUGCUGCUCCUGCCGCUUCCUCAUUUGGCGCUACUCCCAGUGCAUUGUGGGAUUGAGAUUUCCCAGUGGUGAGAAUCAAACUCCAUCUGCUGAGCUGACACACGCACACACUCAGACACACUGGAAGCUGUAUAUCCAGGCACCGGCUUAUCUAAACAUGCACACGGCAAACAAACACUUGUGUUUCUCAUGCAGGAAAACACACUCACUCACACACACACACUCUUCACCAUAAUACCAUCUCCACUGUGAUUUACCAUUUGGCUGUGAAGAUGAAAGUUUUAUCUCCAACAUGUAUUUGCUAAAAAUCCUUCCCCAUAAGUAAUUGCCGAUGUGCAUUUCAUUACUUCGAAUACCGCCACUGAGCAUCCAGCAUUCAUUAAUAUCUGCUGUAUGUGAAGCAAUAGUAUCACUGUGGUAGCUAAAUCAGCCAGUAGCACAGAGCUAAACACCGAGGAAAGGAAAAGUGAGCUCCAGUAUGAAGUCACGCAAAAGAAACUGAUACCAGCCAUCUAUCAGGAAAUCAGUUUCUCUGUUUGCGUGUGUAAAAAAAAAAAGAAAAGAAAAAAGAAACAGUUCGAUAAGACAUGGAUAAAAGUAUGAAUGGUUUCGUCUAAACCCACACUGCAGGAGUUCAAUCUAGGUUCCAAUUCAAGAUGUGGAACAUUUUAAGGAUGUACCCAAUUAAGACUGAGCCUUCAGGCGACCUGUGGUUCAAGCCGACUCCCGUAAUGAGAGAGUCAAGUCUAAUUAAAACCAAAACUACUGUAACGCAUUCAGGGGCUCCUCGUCGAUUCUCAAUAUAAAAGCAUCCAGGUUUACUGCACAGCUUCACAGUGUUUUCAUUGAGAGAUGUGAUGUCAACGACAAAUGGUGGACCAGGUCAUUAGUAGUAGUAGUAGAAAAAAAAUAAAAAAUAACCCUGCCUGGCUUACCUUACAUUAUACAUACAAAUGGCUUUUUUAGGCUUUCUUGAAAAUUUCACAAAGGGUUGUUCUCAUGAACGCUCGACGGCGGCAAAAAAAAAAAAAAAAAAAAAAAAAAAAAAAACGAAAUGGAAGCGGCACUGUCAGCCCCAUCCAGCCACAAUUUAACUCUGAAAUCGUGUCAGAUUCCAAUUAUCUGGUACAAAAAGCCUCCUCUAGCAGGUUUAUUUCAUGUCGAUCAGAGAAGCAUAUUCUAGGGACACUGAUUCAAUAAAAAA